AUGCAGAUCAGCCCAAUAACUCACCCACAUAGCCCUGCCACUAUCAACGUCUUUGCUGAAAGACGUUGUGUCUAAUGUGCUUCAUUCAUCGCCAAUUCCCAGUUUUGCCAAAUUCGUCGUUUGUCGGACUUGCCGAGACAAACAUCAAACGAUGGACUCAACCCCAGUGUCGAGCGCCAUCCCUCAGGGCCUAGGUAUCGAAAGCCUUCUACCUGAAUGCGCGGUAAUUUCCUUCAUCGUCCAACCUACGUAGCGCGAAAGUCGCGAUUCUUGCCAAGUUUACUAAAAUCAUGCUGGCUUUAGAGUCAUUGUGUCUCAACGAUACUGGCAUCGGCGCCCAGUGCUCAAGCUGCAGUCAAAUAUCUUUGUGCUGAACAACAACUCUAUGGGGCAGUAGGCUGCAGCUACCAAAUUUGCUCUGUCAUCGAUGGACUCAUUGAUGUCAGUCCCUAUGAGCGUUGUUGUUGUUUUCACUGUUCAAAAUGGCCUCGGCAAAGACAUCUGGACGCUUACACCAGAGCAAAUCAACGAGUUCUUCAAAUUGUUUUACAUCGGAGAGCACUUCUACGCAUUCACCGUCAUGUUUGCGAAGACAAACUUCCUGUUCUUCUACUUGCGCCUUUUCGCCGAUGAAAAGUUUAGGCGCCUAACUUGGGGUGUCAUAUGGGCAUGCGUCUUCUCCGCAGUUUCUUUCCUCGUUGCGACCUCAGUGCAGUGCUGGCCUAUCAGCUACACAUGGACUAAAUGGGACGGAGAACAUCAAGGUCGUUGCCAUGAUAUCAAUAUUCAGACUUGGGCUCAUGCUUCGGUGAACAUCGCACUUGAUGUUGUUGUAGUAGCGAUGCCCAUUUCGCAAAUUGUCAGACUUAACUGGCGAUGGAGACAGAAAGUUGGGGCCGGUAUGAUGUUCGCCGUAGCGUUAUUGAUCACUUUUGUUUCCAUCCUGAGACUCAGCUCCAUUAGAGACUUCAUGAAGACUUCAAAUCCAACAUGGGACAUUGUGCCAAUCUCUAAUUGGUCAUUCGUUGAGUUGAAUGGCUUCAUCUUCUGCUCCUGCAUGCCCGCCUUCAGAGACUAUUUCCGUCGUCUAUUCGUACGACGAAGACGAACAAUUCAAGGUGUAAACUCCGUAUUCGGUGCCAGAGCGAGAAUGAGGACUGUUGGGAAUAGCCUCGUGCAACCGGGCGAUCGGUUACACGAGCUGAUUUCAGAUGACAAUGACGACAAUGAGCCUGAUCAUUCUCUUCGGGAUAUUAGUCAUGUGAAUCUGGGAAUUGGACAUCUUUCAACCGGUCUCUUGGCUGCUGAAAGGGUUGAAAGCGAACCGAAAGCACCAGCCGCACAACCCUCAACUCGAGAUAGAGAACCGGACGAGCAGCCUGAAGAAGUGGAUCUCGGUGCUCUGAAGCAUUUGGCACCUUGGGUCUCUGAAGGAACAGGUAAAGAGAAUGGCGAAUGCUCGGGCGUUAGAUUCCCGAGAUCCAGUGAGAGUUCUCUGUGAGGUUAACAUCGGGGCCAAGGACGGAAUCGGUAAGGACACACAAGGAGUAGAUCGGUGCCAGGGAGGAGUAACAGUCGCAACGAUUCGCAAAAUUCGAGGGACCGCCUAAAUCGAAGGGUUGAGGAAAUCAAUCUGGUAGUAAAGGCUAGUUGACCUGUUGGAUCAA